GAAUUUCUCGAGAUCGGGAAGGAACGAAAUAUUGGCUUAUCGUAUUUACCUUUCGAUUAGAAAUAUAAUCAGUGCGGAUUUUGGACUGAAAUAGGCGAGCUGCUUUUACUACCGAUAGUCUGUACAAUUGUAUCGUUCUUCUUAUCUCCGAUAUGAAAAGAGAGCGCGUGUGACGUGACCGUACGUAUCGAGGAGAAACGGGUAGAAGAAGCCGGGCGACAACACUUGACACGACAAGGCACAUUCAGUACAUCGUGUCCCUCCGAAUUUGGCUGACUGUUCGGAAAAACGUAACGCGGAGGAAUUGAAGUUGAAGUUAGAAAUUCGUCGGAGUCGGUCGGUCGUCGAACCAUUAUCGCUGCACAGAGAUUAGCGUGGCUGAUUAAUCAACCGUCAACCGUCAGGUGUGUACAGGUGCAGAAUGUUGGAGAAAAUCGGGGGUAUAGCUAAGAGGAGGUUGUUGAAUUUAACGUUGCUCUCUCAGGGUGGAAAGAACCGUCGAAGCAUAACGUCGCAACAUAUAUUCGAACGAGAAUCGAAGUACGGUGCUCACAAUUAUCAUCCCCUUCCGGUCGCGUUAUGCAAAGCGGAAGGAGUUUUCAUGUGGGACGUCGAAGGAAAGCGGUACUACGAUUUUCUGAGUGCCUACUCUGCCGUCAACCAGGGCCAUUGUCACCCAAGAAUUUACAAGGCUUUAAUCGAACAAGCCAAACAUUUAACGUUAACUUCGCGAGCAUUUUAUUCCGACGCUUUAGGAGAAUUCGAAGAGUACGUUACGAAACUUUUCGGAUAUGAGAAAUGGCUACCGAUGAACACGGGAGUGGAAGGUGGCGAAACUGCUUGCAAACUGGCACGCAGAUGGGGAUACGAUGUGAAAGGUAUACCGCGGUACCAGGCAAAAAUCAUAUUCGCAGAGGGGAACUUUUGGGGUAGAACAAUGAGCGCGGUGUCUUCUAGCACGGAUUCGAGCAGUUACGGCGGUUUCGGUCCAUUUAUGCCUGGCUUCGAGCUCGUUCCCUACGACGAUCUCCCCGCGCUUCAACGGGCUCUCGCUGAUCCUACCGUUUGCGCUUUCAUGGUCGAGCCGAUCCAAGGUGAAGCCGGUGUCGUCCUACCAAAGGAGGGAUACCUGAAAGAAGUGAGAGAGCUGUGCACGAAGCAUAAUGUUCUGUGGAUCGCGGACGAAGUGCAAACCGGGCUAGCCAGAACGGGAAAGCGAUUGGCCGUGGAUCACGAGAACGUGAAGCCGGACAUACUGAUCCUUGGAAAAGCGCUCUCCGGUGGUUUCUACCCAGUUUCCGGUGUCCUGGCCAACGAUCCCGUCAUGCUCACUAUUAAACCCGGCGAACACGGUUCCACUUACGGCGGCAACCCUCUGGGCUGCAGAGUUGCUCUCGAAGCGCUUCGCGUCCUCGAGGAGGAGAAACUUGCGGAGAACGCGGAGAAACUCGGCCGUAUUCUCAGGAGCGAGCUCGAGAUGCUUCCGAAGAGCGUGGUCACUCUGGUUCGGGGGAAAGGUCUGCUGAACGCGAUCGUUAUCAAAGAAAACAUCGACGCUAUGGAUAUCUGUUUGAAAAUGAAGGACGAAGGUCUGCUCGCGAAACCGACUCAUGGUCAUAUCAUCAGACUGGCUCCACCGUUGGUCAUCGACGAGACGCAAAUGCAAGAAUGCGCGGAUAUCAUCUCUCGAGCCGUUUCCAACUAUGCCAAUUAAUCCAUCGUUUUUGUACAAACUCGUGAA